UAUAAUUCAGAUCCAAUAUAUUAAUUGUUACAUUUAAACAACUACUACCUAGCUACCAAGUAGGCAUACCAAUAUUCAUAGAAACUCAAUGUAUUAAAUAUUCUUCUACGACAUUUUUCAAAUUUCAUGUAUAUAAAUAUGUCAUAUGUAUACCUUGGUUACUCAAAUCAAAUAAAGUUGAUACAAUGGAUUUUCUUAGGAUUUUGGUAAUACUAUACACAAUAAUAUGCCUAUGGAUAUUUCUUCAUCUCUUUGGAUACUACAAAAGAUCAUCAUCGAAGCUUCCACCGGGUCCUUUCCCUCUUCCGAUCAUAGGCAACCUUCUCCUACUCGGACGAAACCCCCACCGCUCUCUGGCGAAGCUAUCAAAGACUUACGGCCCUAUAAUGUAUCUCAAACUCGGAACCGUACAAACAAUUGUGGCAUCUUCACCAGAAAUGGCAAAACAAAUUCUACAUAAACACGAUCAGAUUUGUUCCAAUCGGAUGGUACCUGACACGGCCCAUGUAGCAAACCACCACACGAGCGCUUUAUCCUGGCUGCCGGUGGGAAACAAAUGGCGUACACUUCGUAAAAUCUGCAAAGAGCACAUGUUUACGGUGCAUAAGCUCCAAUUGAGUGAAAGCCUCCGCCAAGAAAAGCUGCAGCAGUUGCGUGAUUACUUGCACGAAUGUUGCAGUAAUACACGAGUUGUUGAUAUUGGGGAGGUUGCGUUUGUGACCUCCCUUAAUUUGAUUUCGACAACUCUCUUUUCUAUUGAUUUUGCUCACUUCGACUCUGAUUCUGCUCAAGAGAUGAAGGGUACUAUAAAUGGGCUGAUGAAGAUUUUCGGCACCCCUAACCUUGCUGAUUACUUCCCGAUUCUUAAGCGGAUCGACCCACAAGGCCUUAAACGCGAAUCAAAAGCUUAUUUUGGGAAGAUGCUAGCGAUAUUCGAUCAAAUAAUUAGUGAAAGGUUGCGGUCAAGGGGCGUGUCCUCCUCUGAUUCUCCUAGGAAGAAUGAUUUACUUCAAGUACUUCUCGAUCUCAAUCAAGAACGCGAUUCUGACUUGAGCCACGAUGAGAUAAUACAUUUGCUUGUGGUCUUAAUUCUUGGUGGAGCAGAUACGAGCGCAGAUACCGUCGAAUGGGCAAUGACAGAACUAUUAAGAAACCCUGAAAUAAUGUCGAAAGCAAAGGAUAAGCUAAGAAAUGUGAUUGGAGAAAAUAAACAAGUUGAGGAAUCCGAUAUCUCAAAACUCCCUUAUUUACGUGCACUGAUUAAAGAGACCUUUAGAUUUCACCCGGUCGGCCCGUUUUUAAUCCCCCACAAGGCAAAUGCUAACGUAGAAAUGAACGGUUACGUUGUCCCCAAAGAUGCUCAAAUACUUGUGAAUAUAUGGGCAAUGGGAAGAGACCCAAGUAUAUGGUCAAAUGCAGAUAUGUUUGAGCCUGAACGAUUUUUAGACAACAAAAUCGACUACAAGGGUCAUGAUUUUGAGUUCAUUCCCUUCGGUUCGGGAAGGAGAAUAUGCCCCGGGAUGCCAUUGGCGCACAUUAUGGUGCAUCUAAUGAUGGCAUCUUUGAUUCAUAACUUUGAAUGGAAACUUGAACCAGGGACGAAACCUGAGGACCUCGAUUUGAAUGAGAUGUUCGGGCUUUCACUUCAUAAGGCAGUACCGCUUAAGGCUUUUCCUAUCAAGUAACCAUGAAUCGUAAAAAAUAAAUGCCCUUUUCAUUUGAUAUACGCAAUUGUUUUUAUUGGUUUUUUUCUUUUGUUGAGUAAAUUACCAAAAAUCAAUAAACCAAAAAAUCCCCCAAAUAUUUAUAUUUAUGGUUGGAUAUUCGUAUCUUCAUAAUGCACUGCCCCUCAAGGCUUUCCCCAUUAAGUAUCAGUGAAUCCUCAAAAGAAUUGCCCUUUUCAUUGAAUAUAUACUAGCAGAAAGUGUUUUAUGUUAUUUUGCUUUGAGGUAGUGUGUUUUGAAAAUUUAAAAUAAAAA